AUAGUGUCUAGCUAGCUAGCUAUAAUAGCCAGCCAGCCAGCAAGAGAAUGAGUUUCUUACAGGAUUCCAUUGGCAGUAACAAAGCAGAGGAGCUGGAUGACUCUAACAAAGAAGAUGGGAUCAAGCCCAGAGAGUUUUUCUGGGACAACAUUGUUCUGUUUGUGGUCUCUUCAAUCAUUGGACUUGCAGCCAUUGAUGUUGUCACUGAGUUUAUUCGAGGGGGUGAUGUCUCUUGCUUCUCUCCACAAGGUGUGGAGUUGAGUGAAGCACAAGGGGCCUACAUCAACAGCUUCUGUGCCGGGUCCCUACCCUCGGGAGCCUAUAUUCCUGCCUUUAUGGUUAUUCAUGCCGUACUCAUCACCCUGCCACACUAUCUCUGGCUCAAUCACUAUGGCGGAAAUUUCGAUUUCUUCUUCCAAUUGGCCUCGUCUCUGAAACGACUCCGCGAGAAAGGAGAGCAUGUCCACGAGAAUUUAGUGAUUGUGAAUCAACUCGAAACCACGUUCAGUACUUACGGACGCAACGCCAUAUUCACAUUCUAUGUUUUAAAACUAAUAGCCCAGUUGUUUUUCUCUUUGAUUGGUAUUGGUUUUGUUAUCGGUUUUUUCUUUCAAAGCUUCGAUUCGAACUUCAUGUGCCCUAGAGACUUUGACAAUUCUACUGAGGACCAAUUUUGGCCAUUAGAGACAGAUGUUGUGUGUGUGUUUGAGGCAUUGGGACUGUUGCAGACGCUCUGGUGGGCCGAGAUAGCACUCCUUGCUUUUGUAGUGUUAGGUUUAUUCUGGGCUCUCAUCUGGUGUCUAAGUACCCACUCAAGUGAACUGGGAGCCAAGGCAGUUGCUCAAUUCUCAUUCCAAUCCGGCCUAGCCCCCACCUUCUAUGUCCCCUCUGUCCCAGCACCUCGCUGGCUGCGUCGAUGCUUCACCUCACUACCAUGGGUAUCUGGUUCAGGUCCCAGGAUACGGUCAGACCUCGACUUCCUCCUCUUGAAGCUGUAUCGAACAGACAAUGGCCUCGGACAUGUCUUCAGAGAGGUGCAGAUUGAGAAAGAGAUUAAAACACUGGCUGAUGAUGACCAGAGGAGACUGCACCUUCAUUCAUCCAAGCAGGGGAAUCUCAAGGCUGACAAUGCUUAUGAGCGUAAGAAGGACUUGAGGGACAGGCAGCAAGAUGAGCAAGACCUCAAGUGGAAGUUCUCCAAGGUGGCUAUGAAGAAGGGUGUGUAUAGAGACUUCAAAACGUUACCCAGCACCCAGCAACUGGUACUGACUGACACUAUGAGGGGAGCAGUUAUUGGUUUUGGACAGAGAGCUCCUCACAGUAAGAAUGCUGUCUCUAUUUCGUUUGGUGACACUGGUUAUGCUCCAGCCUUGGGCAGAGUUUUUGGUAGAGUAGCCUCGCUGAACUUUAGCCCUGACUUCAAUCCAGAGAGUGAGGAUGAGGUGGUGAAUGUGACGCAGUAUAGGACCUCCAUGGUGUCCCUACUCUUCCCAGAGAAUAUCCUCUCCAGCCCAACCAGCGACUUCAAUAUGUUUGUGGACAAGUUGCGGACCAUCUGGGUACCACCUGGCACCAACCCUAACUUCAGUAGCACCAGCUUUAUCGUUGUGGGACCCAUUCCAAAAGAAAAGGAUUUCAGCAUCACUACUGUUGAUCUCCUCUUUGAACACAUCUACGGAUGUCUGGAACAAGACGCUGUGCUGUUGACUGUCCACCCUCUGGAGAUUGCUGGCAAGAAUGUGAGGGACAGCUUCCUCAGCUACGAGCCUAACAAGCCUCACUUUGUACCUUUGAAGCAAGCUCCACCUAUGGUUACUAGUGAGGAGACUGAGUGGCCUGCUAGAAAGAGUACCCUGGAGGCAACAACGGAAACAUCCUUUGCCAGUGGAGCCACACCCUCUAUUAGUGUAGCCACACCCACCAGUGGUCAAGUAGCCGUGCAGGUUCUUCAACCACAACAGUCUGACAAAUAUGCAAAAUUGUCAAGCCUCCCUCCCCCCCAUAUGGAUGACCAUCCUUAUGAGUUCCCAGUUACUGUGUGGUCCGGUGGAACAGAGGUCAGAGUGCAGUUCUCUACCUAUCGCUACACCAAUAAUCCUUCAGUGAGACGACCCAAAAAGUUUGAGCCGCCCCCAAAGGAAGAGCCCACACCUCUUAAGACCAUGCCCACAUUGGAGGCUAAAAGUGACGAGAAGAAAGAUGUCGUACCUAAAGAGAAGAAUGUGAACUUGCAAGCUUAAGUUUAGAUCUAAUACUAACUUUCGUAGCCAUUAAUCAUUAACUAAACAUUAUCUUUGUAGGUUUAGCUCACAGGCCUACCAUCUAGAGGUAACAAUCUUCCUGACAACCAUAGAGACUGUACAUAUAAACUCUUCCUCAGCUUUCAGAAAAUCAAAAACAGAUUAUAGCCAAGGUCAAAA